UCGCGCGGCGGGGCUGAUCGGGGGCGGUUCGCGUGGCACUGGCUCCGCAGGGAAAAACCCUACCCGGAAAGGCACCACUGGCCUGGACGCCGCUCCGCCGCCGCCGCCGUAGCCGGAGAUGGAGGACAUCGAGGAUGUGCUGGGCCCAGCCGGCCUCUCCGGCCGGGGAGCGCCUCUUGGACUCCGUCUCCCCCUCGCCGCCGUCGCGGUCAAGCCCAAGCGCAGGUCGUCCAGGGUCGCGCAGACGCCGCCACAGCCCGAGGCCCGGAUCCCAGGCACGCAGACGAUAUACGUGAAGACGUUCGGGUGCUCACAUAACCAGAGUGACAGUGAAUACAUGUCAGGGCAGCUUUCGGCUUUUGGAUAUGCUAUUACUGAAGAGCCUGAAGGAGCAGAUUUGUGGCUAAUUAACACAUGCACGGUGAAAAAUCCUAGUCAAUCUGCAAUGACAACCCUCAUAUUGAAAUGCAAGAACGCAAACAAGCCACUAGUAGUAGCUGGAUGUGUACCGCAGGGAAGCCAGGGUCUCAAGGAGCUUGAAGGUAUAAGUAUUAUCGGAGUGCAACAGAUAGACCGGGUUGUUGAAGUGGUUGAGGAAACCUUAAAGGGCCAUGAGGUUCGGCUGUUGAGUCGGAAAACACUGCCUUCACUUGAUUUACCUAAGGUAAGAAAGAACAAGUUUAUCGAGAUUCUUCCUAUUAAUGUGGGGUGUUUAGGUGCCUGCACAUACUGUAAGACAAAGCAUGCUCGUGGUCAUUUGGGAAGCUAUACUAUAGACAGCUUGGUGGAUCGUGUGAAAACUGUUGUCUCUGAAGGUGUCCGAGAGAUAUGGUUGAGCAGCGAAGAUACUGGUGCUUAUGGCAGGGAUAUCGGUACAAAUCUUCCAAAUCUGUUAAAUGCAAUUGUCGCGGAGCUUCCUGUCGACCGAAGCACAAUGCUCCGCAUAGGCAUGACAAAUCCUCCUUUCAUACUAGAGCAUUUGAAGGAGAUAGCUGCUGUUUUGCACCAUCCCUGUGUUUAUUCUUUCCUCCAUGUCCCUGUGCAAUCUGGAAGCGAUGCUGUUUUAACGGCAAUGAAUCGUGAAUACACUGUCGGUGAGUUCAGAAAGGUGAUUGACACUCUGUGUGAGCUUGUCCCUGGAAUGCAAAUUGCUACAGAUAUUAUUUGUGGCUUUCCUGGUGAGACUGAUGAAGAUUUUGCUCAGACUGUUAACCUCGUAAAGGAAUAUCAAUUCCCUCAACUCCACAUAUCACAGUUUUACCCCAGACCAGGGACACCUGCUGCUAGGAUGAAAAAAGUGCCGAGCAAUGAAGUGAAAAAGCGGAGUCGUGAAUUGACCUCUGUUUUCGAAUCAUUCUCACCAUAUCAAGGAAUGGAAGGCAAAGUAGAGAGAAUAUGGAUCACUGAGAUAGCUACUGAUGGUGUUCACUUGGUUGGACAUACCAAGGGAUACAUUCAGGUGCUGGUCAUUGCUCCUGAUAGCAUGUUAGGAACGUCGGCAGAUGUGAAGAUCACAUCUGUUGGAAGAUGGUCUGUCUUUGGUGAAGUGAGAGAAGGAUCUGUUGUGGUAAAAGCACCUCAGCAAAUUAGUGCCGAACCGCAGAAAGAAUGCGGACAAAAUCAGGUGGAGGAAGCCAGCUGUUGCGCCACCAACACUUGCGGUGCCUGUGCAUGCUCCGAUGCGGUGCAACAUUGUGGUCCAGUACGAUGUGAAGGUCCACUAGAUGCUCCCCAAACUCGUGGUGAUGUUACUCAUCAUGAGGCAAGUCAGUCUACACUUGUGAGGAGAAACGUAGCAAGUGAAAGCAACGCAGGAAAACCGGUAGGGAAGGAACAGCAGGUGAAUGUAGUGACUAGGAGAGCAGUAAAUAUUGACACGAUCCUGUGGUGCGGUCUGGCUGUGAGCUUUGCGGCAUCGGUAGCCCUACUUGUACUGCUUACGUACAAGGUUUCUUCCACAUCCUCCUACUAGCUAGGCGUUGGGAUUUUCAGUUGUAAUUGUUCUUGAGCGGUGUGUUACUGAUCAAUUUGGCAAACAAGUUGCAAAGUUGUGGUACUGCAAUACACGACGCAAACAAGUUUUCUCGUA